AUGACCUGGAGCCAGCAAGGCUUCGCGAAGGAAGGGUAUCUCUUCUUUGACGUUGUUGAUCAGGCGCUGUUGGAUUAUGACGGAAGAGAGGACACAUUGUGGAAGCUGCAGGUUUUUACAACCUCCACCUCGACAAGUUUGACAACCAGAACACGGACGACAUCCACCAUGACGACCACGACACGGACCACCACGACGAGAACCUGGACCGAGAGCAAGUGGAAGCUAACAGCGAGGACUUUCGUGUGGAGCACCGCUGGAACUUUAUCGGUCUUUGCGCUUGGCAUGUCCUUGGUUCUCCUCGGUGUCAUUGCUGGUGUGGUCAAUUUCUCACGCCUGCUAUGCAAUGAAGAUGAAGACCUCCUGGAGAAGCAGGCGCCGCACCAAAAUGGUGCAGGAGAAGGUGAACACGACACUGCAGACCGCAUUGGGCGUGCACAGCCCAAACCUGCCGUCUUUGGCAGUGGCUUGUCAACUCCGCAUGCCGAUCGCCCAAUUUCGUCAGAGUUGUUGGUGUGUGUGGACCAAGCAGAGGAUGUCAGCGCCAGGCCCGACGCCAGCACCAGAAGGCCCCUCUUACAAGUUGUGCUUACAUCGCCAAAACUGCUGGCUUUGAAAAUGAUUCUAGAAAGUACCAACCUGGUGUCAUCCAUGAUGUACACCGUUGAAGCAUACCAGCGGGCAACCCGCAUGACCUUCACUGUACAGUGCGUAGACAACAAUAUCUUGAUGCCUGCAGAUCCGACUGAGUGCCUCGAGGUUGCGAAUUUCAAUACGCUGCCGUGGUGCAGUGCUGACGUUCUUCUGGGUAGUUUGUGCGAAGGCGACGAAGCAGAAGCAGAUAUGUGUCCCCUGAACCGAGAGCUUGAUAACUGUGAAGAUGCUUCCGGCUUCGCGCAUGACCUGUACAGGCGCACCGGACCGCAGAAGUGUGGUUUGGUGGAUUGCAACUUUCUAGCAGGUGUCCUUUGGGUCCUGUCAACAUCAUCUAUUGCUUUCACAGUACUGUGGACAAUUUCUUGGCAUUUUCGUGGAAUGCUCAGGGACUUCUCAGCCAAAUUGAGCUGGGGCCUCUCCUGUUGUAGUGUUCUUUGCAUUUGGAUCGCAUUGCUUUUCGUAGGUUUUUUUGGGGACGAUGGCACUUCGGUUGUGACCUUUGCCUGCCUGCUGCCCAUCGUCGUGAUAAUCGCCUGGAUCGCUGCGGCUGGUCUCGCCACUUUCUGCAAAGGUCCUCGUCGCAGAUCAGCAGCCCUUGAACUUCCGUUGUUCAACGUCCUUGUGGCGCUUUGGCUCCAACCAGAGGAUGUCGAGGACAUGCAAGCAGAACGGCGCGGCCUAGAUUUGGGCCUGCGUGUGGUCGAAGACUUGCCUGAGAUCCUCAUGGGCGUGGCGGAUCUUGCCUUCUUUAAGUUCAGCUGGUUCGCGCUCUCUUCUAUCAUCAUGUCGAUGGCCAUGUUCUUCUUCUAUGUGCUCGCGGCCAGCUUUCGCCUGCUGAACAAGGCAGCUGAGGCAGUCGCCAAAGACACAGAGUGA